CCUAUCAAAUCCAGUUUAUUCUGUCAAACUUGUGAAAUAAAAUACGAAAUAAAAUUUAAGUGAAAAUGAAUAUUACCCUAAACUUAGCGAGCACUCUCUGCUGGGAAAUCGUCGCCAGAGAAAACAUAAAACUGCCAACUUUCGAGACGACAAUUUCAUUCAAGAUUUUGCUUGAUUCUAUAUACGAUUUGCGGCCUCAAUAUUUGGAUACGAAUAUGCGACUGUACUGGAGGUAUGCGCGAGAUAGUUUUUUGGAAAUCACCGAUUAUUUUUCUUUCGCUGCUUUUUUAAACUUAAUGGUGGAACCGGAGCUUUUUUUGAUGCUGGCAGAUGCCGAUAAGGUCUAUCAAAAUACAGAAGAGUAUUUGCGUAUUUUAGAUCUGAUGGACCUAAAGAAAGUUAAAGAGAAAGAAAGGAAUAAGUAUGAGUUAAGAAAUGAAGCUGAAGAAAUACAAAAAGAAAUCGAACGAUGCCAAGAAUCGCUGGAGAACACUCCUCCGCCAGAAAAUUCAGAAUAUGAUCUGGGACAGGAUGAUAGAAGAAUCCUUAAGUUUGCGUUGAGAAACAUGCCGAUAGGAAGAUGUUACACCGCAGACAUCUGUUCUGGAUAUAGUAUCAUCGAUUGCGUCAGAAAAGCUAUGAAAGGCAGGAUUAUCAACUGCUCCCCGCAUCAAGACAUUUAUUUUCUGGAAACGCACAAUGCGAAAAAUGAGGAAAGCAAUUUGGAAAAUCUAUUCGUCUCGCCCGCGGGCAGAGAAAUGCUGAAGUAUACGAAGCCGGGUGCAAAAUUGAAGCAGAAAAUUAAUCCAAACUUGGAGUUUCUAACCACCAUUCACAACCCAGCCAAAGUAAGCCAGAGACAAUCAAGAGAGCUUCAGUGUACCAACAAACCACCAACAAUAGCAACAAAGUGCGAAAUUGCAGGAGAAUGUUCGACUUCCAACGUUGUGGUACCAUCAACGUCAACGUCAACUGUAAACGAUGUUACUAAUACAAAAAGCAGCUUGGAUCUGUAUGAAGAGGCUGCGGCUAUUUUAGGACUAAGUUGCUCGCAAACUGAUGACUGCAGGUGUAUAGAAUGUCAGUGUCAUUACUUCGAUUUUGAAGAGGAAAUUGAUUUUCCUACCUCGGGAAAUGACUACGGGAAACUCAUCGGCGUCGAACACACCUCGAGUUGUUCCAUACAAUAGCGCACAUCAGAAGUUGGAUAAAAUCUUUUAGUUUAUCUAUUUUAUAGGAAAUGGUUUUUGUAUAUUUUUUUUUUCAUUUGACAUUAAAUGGUUUUAUAUAGGAUGUGUUAUGGACUAGAAAAGUAAUUUUUUAACGUGAUGAAUUAUUACUGUUAUUAGUUUCAAGAUGUUUUCAAAUAAAUUACUACGUAUUUUAAUGCUCACACAAUUUUAUAUUACUAAUCAAAAUAUGUAAUUUUCGUCUUAGAUAUAGCAGGCUCUUUGUUAUUUUUUUUUUAAUUAUAUAAUUUAUUACAAAAUCUUUUUUUAAGCUAUUAUUCGAUUUUGCCAAGUUUCAAAUGUGCCAAAUAUAUUUAUGUGUAAGUAUUAUA